GCUAGAUAACCCAAGGAAAAUGGUCAGAGAAUGGCUCCAAAGAAAGGACAAAAACGGAGAAGAUGACUCCCAACAAAAAAAACAAACACAAGAUAGUGAGUUUGGAGUGGACAUUAUUACCUCUCCUCGUCUUUCAUACAAAUGAUGUUUUUUGUUUGUUCCAAAUUCAUCUUCUUUCGUCGACAUUGAAACGAAUCUGAAGAAGUUUUCUGCAAGAAUUUAAACAAACCCAUCAUUCUAAAAGAUCUAAGAAACAGUACAGAAUAGGUAAAAACCAUAUCAGAACAAAAGAAAAUCAUAACAAUAAGAUCAAUUAUUUGUCAAAAUAAUAUACACCACUCGAAUCACCUUUGGAUUAGAUGUUUCUUUGGUGAUCUACAAGACAUACAAUGUUUUAAAUAUCGUUUGUGAUCAGAGAAGAAAACAAAUGUCGGUUCUAAUGACAAACCUAGUACGUUCAAAUUUACCUGGUUGUUGGGAACACCAAAUUGAAUUUCAAAGAUCAAAUUUUUUGACGAAAAAGCCUGGGGUUGAUUUUUCAGAUAUUAAUUCAAGAUCCAGGCACCUGGAGCAGCAAAAUGUGGCUGGUUACUGUCGCAUAAAUUAUUCUUCUAGUAUAUCAAGAACUCAAGCUGUUUCAUCUGAAAUAUCUUCCACAACACCAGAGCUUAAGGUUGAAGAACUAGACAGUUCAAAGGAGAAGAUGCUUGCAAACUAUGUUCCUGUCUUUGUUAUGCUACCUCUGGAUGUGAUUACAGGUGAUAAUGUUUUUGCAAAUGAAAGUAAAAUUGAGAAACAGUUAAAGCAACUAAGAGAAGCAGACGUAGAUGGAGUCAUGGUGGAUGUAUGGUGGGGAAUUGUAGAAGCAAAGGGUCCGAAAGUGUAUGACUGGGGAGCUUACAAGAGCUUAUUUGAACUAGUUAAAAGAUGUGGGUUAAAAUUGCAGGCUAUAAUGUCAUUCCAUCGAUGUGGUGGAAACGUAGGAGACAGUGUAACUAUACCUUUGCCUAAAUGGAUCCUUGAGAUUGGAGAGUCAAACCCUGAUAUCUUCUAUACAGAUCAGUCUGGUAACAGAGACACGGAAUAUCUUACACUUGGUGUUGACAACCUGCCACUGUUUGGAGGACGAACAGCUAUUGAGAUAUAUACUGACUACAUGAAGAGCUUUAGAGAAAACAUGUCGGAUUUGUUGGAGGCCGAACUUUUAUCAGACGUUGAAGUAGGGCUUGGUCCGGCUGGAGAACUCAGAUAUCCAUCCUAUCAAGAAAAUCUGGGCUGGAAGUUCCCAGGAAUUGGACAAUUCCAGUGUUACGACAAAUAUCUCAAAGCAGAAUUUAAGGAAGCUGCAACAUUAGCGGGCCACCCUGAAUGGGAAUUGCCAGAUGAUGGGGGAAAGUAUAAUGACAAACCUGGAGACACAGGAUUCUUCAGACCGAAUGGGUCUUAUCAAAAUGAGAAAGGAAAGUUCUUUCUAACAUGGUACUCAAAUAAGUUACUAAGCCAUGGUGAUCAGAUCCUUGAUGAAGCUAAUCAAGUCUUCCUUGGAUGCAAAGUCAAGCUUGCUGCAAAGGUUUCUGGAAUUCAUUGGUGGUAUAAGGAUGAGAGUCAUGCAACUGAGCUUACUUCAGGAUACUACAACUUGAAUGACAGGGAAGGUUACAGACCCAUAGCAAGAAUCCUCUCGAGGCAUUACGCAAUUUUGAAUUUCACUUGUCUUGAGAUGAGAAACUCGGAACAAAGUAGAGCUGCUAAGUGUGCACCUGCAGAUCUUGUUCAGCAGGUGCUUUCUGCAGGCUGGAGAGAGAACAUAGAAGUUGCGGGUGAAAAUGCCCUCCCAAGAUACGAUAAGAUGGCCUAUAAUCAGAUGCUAAAGAAUGCAAGGCCGAACGGUGUCAACGGAGAUGGCCAGCCGAAACUACGAAUGUCUGGGAUUACCUACCUUCGUUUAUCAGAUAAACUACUACAGCAAGAAAACUUCAAGAUAUUCAAAAAAUUUGUGAAGAAAAUGCAUGUUGAUCAGGAAUUCUGUCCAGUGCCAACAAAAUACUACUACCCUAUAGUUCCACUUGAAAGAUCUAAACCAAAAUUUUCAGUCGAAGAACUACUGGAAGCAACAGAACCAGUGAAACCAUUCCCAUUUGAUGCAGAAACUGAUAUAGGCAUAGAUGAUGAAGAUGGUACUGCUGGUGGGUUGGCAGAUUUCUUAGGAAAGUUGAUAAAUAAGUUUAUUUCAAUAUUUAAGAGGUGAACGGACAAACAAAAAAGAGAUCAAAUAUUCAAAAUAAUACUGUAGUAUAUGUUGAAGUGAGAUCUUGGCUUCUACUACGAUGAUGAAUGUACUACGAAAUCAUAUGAAAUAUGUAUACUAUAUAAAAACAUAUUAAUAAAGAGAUUGCAAUCACCAUCCA